UCUGUGUGACGGCUUUAGUCAAUGCUCCAGCUCGGCGUCUUGUUCUUUGGACUUUACAUUUUUAUCUUCAACAGUCUCGAGUGCGUUGAAGACGUCAGAAGGGACCUGAGAAACAACAAGGGAACACGAAUUGCGUUUUUUUUUCACCCUUUGGUCAAACUUUGUCUUUCUAUGUGGUUGACGGAACGCAAGCGUCCCAGGUUGUCACUGCGGUGUGUAGUGUUCGGUUUUUAAUUUCUUACUGGGUCCAGUUUGUGCGGAACAGUGAGUGGAAGUUUGAACUGCAAGUGUUGGACAUCAGAAAGUAUUGUAGUCUACAGGAGGAGACGAGAAACCUCGACUGCUGACAGGAAAAGUCCUCAAGUUGUUACCAAUGGAGCCCAGGCUCACAGAUCAUCUGAGGGUUGUGCUCAUCUUCAUCAUCCUCAUCUCUACAGGUUCAAGUGAAAAUGACCUGGACUCGAAGUUUUGCGGCACUUGGCGCCAUGGCAAGGGCUCCCUCAGCCUGAACGUCAACAUCUCCACAGGCUGUGAUGGGAUCUCAAUCUCAGCUAAUCAAAGUGCUCUGUCCAUCGAUGGGCAGAUCACAGCUCAGUGUAGGCGGUUGAAUGUCAUUCAGCUUGGACUUGAUUCAGAGGAGGAAACUCACUUCUGUCUGUACUGGGAGCCGUUGCUGGACCAGUUGAAGCUGCAGGUGGGAGGAAAGAACCUGACUCUGUGCUGGCCUGCCAGCCUGCAGGGCCGCUGCUGCACUGAUCUGUCUGAUGAUCUCAUAGCACCCGAAGCAGCCUACGGCAUCAAGAAUGGGAUGGUCAAAACUGAUUUAAUCACCCCUAACAUACGAACAGCCUACAGGUUCAAAGGACAACACAUCGACUGCAAAGCAUUAUGUGAUCAAGAGAGCCAGCGAUCCACCCAAGGCAACAUGACUGAACAGACUGCGGUGAUGUCCUUAGAUGGAGGGAGAAUUGAGCAUCCCUGCGCUCGCAGCAUUGAGGUGGAGAUGAAGGAGGAUUUCAGAGGCUACAACGUCACAUCACCUGCCACUAAAGGUGUAUCUGCAGAGUCCACUACCACUGUCCACCUCCCUCCCGCUCUAAAACAAGCCGCAAAAAAGACGAGCAAAGUCGUCUGCACUUUCUUUCAAAAUAACUCCCUGUUCCAGGAGGUUCACAAGAAGGCCAGGAUUCUUGAUGAUGUGGUGGGAAUCACCAUGGAGAACGAGGUCAUCACCAAUCUUUCUGAGCCCAUUAGGAUUGCCUUUCACCAUGAUGUCAUACCUAUAAGGCAUUCAAGGAAAUGUGUUUCAUGGGACACCAGGAAAGAUCCAUUGCAGGUCAAUUGGUUGGUGGAUGGAUGUGAGAUAGGACAGAAAGGAGCCAAACACACCGAGUGCCUCUGUACCCAUCUGACUUACUUCACUGUGCUAGUGCAAAUGGAGCCUCGACCAGUGCGCCACCUUCUGGCACUGACCGCCAUUACAUCUCUGGGCUGCGCUGUGUCUGUGAUCAGCUGUGUCGCUCUCAUCAUUUUUCUCUUCAGGAAAAGCAGGCGAUGUAAUGAGCAGUCCAUCCCCAUCCACUUGGGCUUAGCUGUGUCUCUCGCCUUCCUCAAUCUGCUCUUCUUCUUCACUGGGGUCCUGGCCAACGUGGGAGGGGAGAGCGUGUGCGUCUGGGUGGGGGCAGGCCUCCAGUACACCCUACUCAGCUCCUUCACCUGGAUGGGCAUAGAAGUUUUCCACACUUUCUGGUUGGUCUACAGGGUUUUCAGCCCCUUCCCAAAGUACUAUGUGUGGUACCUGGUCGGCUUCGUUCUCCCUGCUGUUCCUAUCAUCAUCCUGGCUGCAGUAGGGGACAUUUAUGGAGUGAGAGAGGUGGUGCCAAGCGAUGACGUCGCCAACCCUUAUCUGAUGUGCUGGAUGAAGGACAACCACAAGGCCUUGCUGGCCCAUUAUUUCACCAAUAUGACAAUCCUGGCCAUCCUGGUGUCCUCGGGCAUUGUGAUGCUCUUCCUGGUCUACAGAGAGAUCCGCACCAGGGAUGAAUGGAGACAGAACCGUGUGGCUUUUCUCAGCAUCUGGGGCCUCAGCUGCCUCUUUGGGGCAACUUGGGGUCUGACCUUCCUGGACUUCGGACCCCUCUCUGACUUCAUUCUUUUCCUCUCCUGCAUCCUCAACUCUUUUCAAGGUUUCCUCCUGAUGCUGCGGUUCUACAUGCUGGACUGGAUGCGCAAACAGGCUGGUGGCUCUGCUCUGGGCAGCAGCAGCUCCGGCUCUACCAGGCAACACAUGCUCCAGGCCCAGGAGAAGAGUUAGAUGGACUUAGAUCAAAGCUGCAGCAGUCAAGCUUUGUAUGUAAAAACGCUUCUUAUCAAAAUGACAAACAGUAGAACAACGUUCCACCACUGUCUGCGACACUGUAGAUUCACUGCUUGUCAGGCGUGGUAACUGCUGGGAAACCUGAGUGGAGUGACAUCCCACAACUGAAGAGGGACUCCAGAAAGCAGUGAGCGAGCUCUCCAUACGUCCUACACCUCCCAUUCUUCUGGUGUCCUCUGGUACUAAACAUCACAGACCAGCUGAGUUGGUAAACACAAGCACGCUGAGUGCAAUUCACAGACACAGACUUAUUGGAGCCCCCGCUUACCAAGUGAAAUGGAUUUAAUUAUUCUUGUGGGUGCAAAUUAUGUUCUUAAAGGCCCUGUCCCACAGUUCUGUAUGGUAGAAACA